AUGCAACCAACCUCACGGUAUAAUGAUAAUCCGAUAUUCUUGAAUCCUCAACGAAGCGUUGAGGAAGACUCAUGGACGGAAGUUGAGCGACAGGAACUUGAUCAUGCAACUUCGUAUGUAUCAGAAAGUAUGUAUCUGGUCAUGGAAAACCCAGUUGGUUCGUUAUAUACGGGUGAAAUGGUGCAUUUUAAAGCACAUGCACUAUGCGAUCAGUCGACAUUGGGCCAAGUUGCAGGAGUUUCGAGCAAGAAAGACUCAUUGAAAGGUAUGGAUGAUAUAAUGCACGGAACGUUGUUUAUUACGGAUUACCGUCUUCUUUUUCGUUCGUUUCAUCAUCAUGAAGAAGAAUUGGUGGAAGUUCAUUUGAAUAAUAUUGCAGAACUUGCUGAGUUUCGAGUGAAUGGAAAACUGGGACCUAUGAGUCAAUUGGAAGUAUCUUGCAAAAAUUUUGAGCUGGUGAAAUUCAAUUUUCCUGGAGAAAACGUCUCAGGUGACGUUUAUGUGAAAAUCAAUCAGUUGCUUACAGAAUUUACUCGACUAGGCUUCAAGACACCAAAACCAGGUGCACAGAAUGGCGGGUUUCGAAUAACACAUAUGGAGAGUUGCGGAAGAUCAGCUUUUUUCGUGCUCGUGGACGUGUACCAGCUGUGA